CACAACAAAAUUUUUAAAUUUUAAAUUAAUCAUCGUUGGACUUGAUUAAUAUUACGAUUAUUAUGUAUAGAUAGUGCCUGGGUAAUCUAACUCUUCUUCUAUUUAAAAAUAAUUAUUUGUCUAUUUAUUUUAUGAAUUAUGUAUAAAAUAUGUAACAUAAUUCAAAAUGUACGAUUUCAAACUUUUUCAACUUAAAGGACAUGUAAAUGUAGAACUUCCAUCAUGAAGCUAAACAAGAGCAAUUAUUGGGAUUCGCUGCUACCUUUUCCAGCAUUACCGGGCUGGGCUUCAGUCUUAACUGUUGGACUAUUGUCGAUUGUAUGCUAUAGUGCCACUUAUAAAGGUACUUUCGUGUUCGACGACUCCGAAGCCGUCGUCAACAAUCAUGAUGUCAACUUGUCAACACCAGUAAUCAAAAUAUUUAGUCAUGAUUUUUGGGGUACACGAUUGACUAACAACGCCAGUCACAAGUCAUACAGGCCUCUUACAAUAUUGUCAUUUAGGUUUAACGUUUGGCUAAACAAUGGAGAACUCUCUCCGAUGUCGUUUCACAUAACCAAUAUUAUUCUACACGCUGUCGUGUCGUGCCUCCUAUUACAAGUGUACAAUUCACUUUUCCGUAAUGAAGCUCCAAAAACUUCUUUUUUGGCGUCGGUUAUGUUUGCAGUACAUCCUGUACACACCGAAGUGGUGUCUAGUGUAGUUGGACGUGCCGAUUUAUUAAGCGCGUGUCUGUUUCUGUUGGUUUUUAUCAUCUAUCAUAAUGCAGCCAAUUCUAAAACAAUUAGUUUUAAAGUCAACCUUGCGACCUCAUUGUUUUGUUGCAUACUGAGUUUUAUAGCUAUGUUAUGCAAAGAACAAGGAGUCAUGAUUUUGAUAGUUUGCAGUGCUUACGAAUUAAUCGUGAUUAAUAAAAUUACUAUACAAACUUUAGUAAAAAAUGCAGAGUUUUCCAAAUUAUCAGGAAUGGUUAAAAAAGAAUCUUUUGAUAGAUUAGUAACGUUAACCGUUGGAUUUCUAAUCAUUAUCUAUACGAGAUGGUCCAUAAUGGGAUCUCCGCCGGUUUUCCAGCCGAUCGAUAAUCCCGCUUCAUUUUUGGAAUCGCGAAUUGAAAAAAUUGUCAACUACAGUUACAUCUACAUAAUCAACAUAUGGAUAAUGCUGUGCCCGAUUUGGUUGUGUUUCGACUGGUCAAUGGGAUGUGUAUCUUUAAUACAUUUAAAUCAGUUUCCUCAAGACCCUAGAUUAUUUUUGGUUUUCGGAUUUUGGAUUGUUCUUGUUUUUAUCACGUACAAAAUUUUGUAUUCUGACGAUUGCCAUCAGAGGCAAAUUCAAAUGGGGUUCGUAAUAGGUGCAGUGUCCUUCUUACCGGCAUCGAAUUUAUUGUUCCGAGUGGGUUUUGUAAUUGCGGAAAGAGCUUUAUACUUGCCGUCCAUCGGGUUCAUUUUGAUCGUCGUAUUGGGUAUUAGGAAAUUGUGCAGAGAACCAAUAAUAAGAGAGAUAGUUGGCGUGUGUGUUGUUAUGAUGCUCAUGGUACAGUCCAUAAGAACAUACCAGCGCAGUGAAGAAUGGAAUUCGGAAUACAUUUUGUUCAAGAGUGCUUUGAAAGUGUGCCCGAUGAACGCCAAAGUUCAUUAUAAUUUAGCAAAAAAUCUAGCAGACUCCGGCAACACGUCCGAAGCCAUAAACCGUUAUAGACAAGCGCUAGAACUACAUCCGGAAUAUGAUCAAGCUAUGAAUAAUUUAGCGAAUAUCCUCAAGGACCAAAAUAAACUAGAAGAGGCAAAAGCAUUACUAGAAAAAGCAGUCAGUAUAAGGAAAGAUUUUGCAGCUGCUUGGAUGAAUUUGGGGAUUGUGUUAUCGGGUCUGAAAAAUUUUAAAGAAGCUGAAUUUGCAUAUCUCACUGCGUUGCGUCAUCGCCGAAGAUAUCCUCAUUGUUAUUAUAAUUUGGGAAAUCUCUACCUCGAACAAGGUCAAAACACAAAAGCUUUAUUGGCUUGGCAAAAUGCUACCUUCCAGCAACCUACUCACAUUAUUGCAUGGAGUAACAUGAUCGUCAUGUUAGACUCGAUUGGCGAACUUAAACGAGCGGAAAAUGUUGCACGCAAAGCUUUGUCCAUUUUGCCUGACGAACCGAGUUUACAUUUCAACAUGGCAAACAUACUGGGAAAAUUGAACAAAUAUUCCGAAUCUGAAAAACACUUUUUGACAGCAAUUCAAUUGAAGAACAUGACAAACAAUUUAAAGCUUCUGGCGUUAUACCAUGCGAAUUUGGGAGUAUUGUAUCAUCGAUGGAAAAAGUAUGAACUUGCAGAGUCUCAUUAUUUACAAGCGUUGAACAUUGAUUCGAAAAUGCAAAGUCCAAAAGAUAAUCUUGUGGCGCUUCGUAGACAUUUGAAUGAAAUUAAUCAACCAAAUUAGUCAACAGAUUCUGAGAAAUCUCUCUAAAAGCGUACGAGAUCAAAAUGCCAAUAACAUUUUUUUCCAAAAAUUGUUUUGUUUUAACCUAAUUACUAGUUCAUAGAAGUACAAGUAGUAUUUUAUUUAAGUCGACAUAUCUAAUCGAUAAUUAAUGAUACAAACUACUCUUACAGUGAAUAUUUUUGGUUGUGAUUAUUUUAAAUAUUUUUACCUACUUAUAAGUUAUUAUUGUAUUAUAGAUUUUGACAAAUUGAUUUCUUAUACUCUAGUCCAUUCAACUAGGCGAACAAAUCAUUUCCAUAACAUUUUUCAAAAUAUGUUACUAAAUCAUUCUCACAUUUACUCGUGU